ACCAUGUCUUCCAAUUACAAGAAUAUGGGUCAAGGAGGCCCGUUUCAGGGAAACCAAUGGCAACCGCAAUGGACACAUCACUCUCAACCAUUUCACGGGCCUUGUUUAGAAUUACGAGACACCACGUUUCCAAUUUCAUCUGACAUGGGGAAAGAGUCGCAGGCAAUCGUAGUCCGACCGUCUCCGGGCAACAAUCAGUUUCCACAGAAUACGACCGAGACAGCUCAGUCUGCACACCUCCCUGCAUCGAAUUCGCAGUCUGCAGGAGCUUCAGGAUUGAUAACAGGUGAAAGUGAGAGGCUUCGUGCAUAUAUCGAGUACCAAAAUUCUAUUGCUGCUGCUGCGUCUGCAGCUGCUGCUGCAGCUGCAGCAGCAUAUGCUGCUACUCAAACAGGGCAGCAAGUGCCAUCAGUUUAUCAACCAUUCCAGGCAGCUACAAACCCAGAACAAGGGAUGUAUCAAUUGCCGAUUGAUAUUCAGACACCACCUAUCGGGCAGCAGAUGCAGUCGUCAUUGAAUACUGGGCAAAACAUACCACGUGUGAUGAACCCUCAAGGAUUUGCUAGUCCAGCUCAGCAACCUAUGAUUGCAGCUUCUACACAUGCCAGUCUUAGUCAACCCGUUCAAUUGGUAACUCCUCCACACUCUUCAUUUGGGUCUCCUGAACAGCAACCUGCUUUGCAACAACCACGUCUGCAACAGCCGAGUCUGCAACAGCCACUUUUGCAACAGCCAAGCCUGCAACAACCGCUUCUGCAACAGCCGAGCUUGCAACAGUCGAGUCUGCAACAGUCGCGUCUGCCUCAUCCAAAGCAGCCGAGAUUCGUUUCUCCUGUACAGCGAUCGUCAUUUGAUCAGUCAGCAGGUAGACCAUUUCUGAGCCCACGUGGUGUUAGUAGCUCAAUACAGACUCCAGGAAUGGCACAGUCACAAUUUGUAGGAGCACGAGUGGCAAUGCAGCCACGUGGCAUGAGUUCAAGUUCUGUUCAAAGACCACGACCGCUAAUGCAUAGUCCUCGCAGUUUUGGUGGUGAGAAGGUUGUGAGGACUACUUUUAUCCAACCAUUGAGAGUAGGUAUGGGUAGUGGUUCAGGAAGGCCUUUUAGACGGCAUAAUGUACGAGGAGGAUUGAGUGAGGAGAUAGUGAGGUAUUAUCGUGAACAGGUGCAGUCAAAUGAGAUGAUGAGGAAGAAGAAUGAAGUUAGGAUGAUUCUUGAGAAAGCCAUUCAAGAUAGAAUUUCUCCAGAAUUGAGGGUUCUUCUGUUUGGGUCAUCGGUAAAUUCGUUUGCCACUCGAAACAGUGAUGCCGAUUACUCGGUUGUGACUGUGGGAGAGCAUAACUCAAAUUUCAGAGGUGGAAGACUGAGGCUGUUGGAGCUGAUCAAUCGUGAAUUCAGAAGGAAUCCUGUGACCAGCAAUAAUAUGAAUAUUGGGAAGUUCUUUCUUGUCAGAGCAAAGGUCCCGCUUCUGAAAUUUAGAUUUUGGAAGGCAGAAGCUGAUCUCAGCGUUGACAACGUUGAUGGACUCAAGAAUUCAGUUUUGCUGCAAGCUUUUUCUGAGGUUGACAUGAGAGUAGCUCCACUUGUGGUUAUUAUCAAGGACUGGAGCAAACAGUGUGGAAUCAACAAUGCUCCUGCUGGAUACUUGUCUUCCUACUCUGUGGUGUUAAUGGUCAUUUUCUUUUUGCAAUGUUGCUCUUCACCUAUUGUCCCAUGCUUCAAAGCAGAAUAUCAGCAACAAGAAACACUGAACAGUUUGCACUACACUGAUACUGCAGGCUUGAAAAGUGUGCUUGACACUGCUACGUUUGUUAGUCAGAACAAUUCUGAUCUUGACCAACUUCUGCAUGAUUUUUUCAAGUUUUAUGCAGAAUUUGAUUUCAACUGUGUGAUUUCUGUGCGAUGCGGGUGCAAGUUGAUGAAAUCAGAUAAGUGGGAGAAGGAAAUCUGCAUUGAAGAACCAUUCAUGAGAGAGAACACUGCCAGAGCAUUGAAGAAUUUCAAUUUCCCAAUGAUUAAAAAGCGAAUCACAAAGGCACUGGCCGACCUAACACAAAAGCCUCAUAUAUCUUCAUUGGUUAGAUCAAGGUGAAGGGAAUUUUGGUGAUGAGACGAGAUUUUUCAAUGGGGACGUUUAGGGAACUUGAAGCAGUAGAUCUGUUGAGUAAGUGACAACUCUAGCGGUAGGCAUAUAUUUAUAAAUAUAGGGCUGUUUGUGGUGGGCGUGACUAUUAGCCUCGCCCAACGA